GUGGUGCCAGCUACGAAUACGACGCGCCCUCAGCUCGUGAACUGCCUGCCAAUGAAGGAGAACAGGCCGCUGAUGAUGCUUCGCUGUCUCGAGGCAAGUCAGCCACCAGCUCAUCCAUCAGCAGACCCUUUGAUCAAUCGGUUGCAGGGUCCAGCAGCUUGGGCCAUUGGACAGAAACCGAGACCCCGGAAGCUCAGACGUGAUCGGUGCAAGAGAUACGUGCAGCAGCUGUUGGAGAUGUUGACAGCGGAGCAGGGGCCAUGUGAAGUCAUCAACGCUAUCCAAGCGGAGGCGCAGAGAAGCAAAUACUCCCGGUCUCUGUGCCAAAGCUUGCUAGACGACUGGCUUUUUACACAGAAUGGGGAUGUUCGCACCUGUUUAGCACAAAACACUGUUGCACGAACUGCGAAGGAACUUGAACAUGAUCGCUGCCGUGCAGCGUGGCGAUUUUCGGUAUAG